UCCAGUGUGAUAUGAUCAUUUAAAACUGACCUAAAAGAUUCUUAAGGAGUGUAAUAGAACAAGCCACAGAUUCAGAAGUCUGCUUUGACAAUGAGCACAAUGCCCCCAAAGCAAACCAAAACCCCAAACGAAUCUGUCCAAGAGAUGGGGAAAGAAGUGACAAAAGAAGCCAUUCGUAAGUCGGUGUGGAAUUAUUUGGAGGACAAUGAUUUGGUUCAGUUUCCCCGCCCAGUACAUCAUAGGAUCCCAAACUUUGUGGGAGCUGCCACAGCUGCUGAGAAGCUAACAGAACUUGAUGCAUUUAAGAGAGCACAGACUGUUAAGAUUAACCCAGAUAAACCACAGGAAAAUGCUCGAUUUCUUACAAUGGAGGCUGAAAAGACCCUUUUGGUACCAACUCCUCGAUUGCGCCAUGGACUGUUCAACAAAUUGUUGCCUCCGCAAGGAUGUGGAAAAGAGAUUCUACGUUACUGCUCCACUUCACAGGGUUUGAAGGAAUACAGCGUUCCUAUUGGAUUAGAGGCCAAGGUCAAGGUGGAUUUGGUUGUUAUUGGAUCUGUAGCUGUGUCCAAAGAAGGAUAUAGAAUAGGUAAAGGUGAGGGUUUUGCUGACUUGGAGUAUGCCAUGAUGUGUGCGAUGGGAGCUGUAUCUCCUGACACCAUCAUUGUGACAACUGUCCAUGACACUCAGGUUGUAGAUAUUCCAGAGUCACUGAUGGAGGAGCAUGAUAUACUGGUAGAUUACAUCAUAACUGAAACCCAAGUCAUCAGGUGUGACCGCACCAAACCUAAACCAAAUGGUAUCAUCUGGUCUCAGCUUACUCCAGAAAAGGUUCGCCAGGUACCUAUUUUGAAAUUUCUAAGGGAAAGGGAAAAGGAGGCAGGAAGGGAUGUGACCCUUAAAGAUGGGCGUGAAGAAGAUGAUAUCCCAGAGAGAGAAGACAGGAGACACAUGGACUCGGACUAUGGACGUCCAAGGUACCGUGGAAGAGGAGGUAGAUUUAGGAGGUACCGUGGCAGCCGUAGAGGAGGUGGACCAUACAGGGAGAGGAGAGAAACUGAGGAAGAUCGAGAAGAGUAUAUGCAAAAUGGGGAGGAAGCUGGGGAUGAAAAGCCACGUCAAAGAUUCAGGAGAAAUCGUCGAUACCGUAGACGUAGAGGAGGAUCCCGCCGCCACGAUGAUGGAGACAAUAAUGAAGAGUCCCAUGAUGAUGAACAUGAGCAAGAGCAUGAAGAAGGUGAAAGUGAGGGUGAGGGUCGUCGUGGCCCACCCAGGCGACGCAAUAUGAGAAGACGCCGUCCAAGGAGAAGAGAAGAGUCUGAUAAUACUGGAGAUGAUGAAGAGCAUGAUGAUUAUCGUCCAAGACGUCGUAGAGGACCAAGAACCCGAGCUCCAAUCCCCACAUUGUUUGUAGGAAGUAUUCAGAGAUCGGUCAGAGUAAGUGAAUUGAAGGGAGAAAUCCGUGGGAAGGAUGUCAACCCUAUCCGUGUAAUCUGGAAUGGAGCUAAAGGCUACUCUUUACUCCAGUUCCAGGAAAUGCAGGAAAUGGAGGCAGCACUAGAUGCCCUGCAGAAUCUGGAAAUUCGUGGCCGCAAGCUAAGAGUGGAAAAGUCAAAUCGCCUAAAACAAGGAGAAGACUCCGAUAUCAUACAGGAUGGAGUUGGUGAUGAAAAAUCUGAAGAUUAGUAUGUCACUGCAAAAUGGAGAAAUGGUUAUUGAUGCUGUUUUGUUGCUUCUUUCAGGUUGAGAACAAUUAAGGAUUGUUUUUUUUUGUCUUUUUUUCUGAUAGGAUUCUCUUUACAAUUCUAAAUUCUUCAUCCAGAAAAUUUUUAUACAAUAUUCUAAGAUGAAAAGUAACAGUUUAGCCAUUGACUUUUAUUCCAACUCCUGCUUCAGGUUAUGACAUUUCGUUACAGAAGAGAACCAUACUAAAAAAUAACCUUAUAUUCAAUGAAAUUAAAUUCCCUCCAGGGCUCAACAUUACCUAAAAAUAUAAUUGUCCAUAGGACAAGUUGCCAACUAAUGAUACUUAUCCGAAUUCAUUUUUUACUUGUGUGGAACUUUAUUUUCAAGAAAAAUAAAAACUUUACCGAUAUAAAGUACAGAAACGCUGUCCGAUCACAAAAUGAACUGCACAGGGACAUUGGACAAAUUAAUUAGUUAAUGUUGAGCCUUGCCUUUAUGUUUUGUUAAAAAUCUCCUUAAUUUCAACAUUUUUAGCUGUGAAUCAUACAUUAUCUGAAAUUGUAAUGUAUUCUUAGUAGAGCAAUAAUUCAGUAUUCUGGUUACUAUGAAAAGCUCUCAUUUUCUGCAUUACCAGUACAUGUAUCUUAGUUCAGAUUUUACUUAUCAACUUUUUAGGUGACUUGAGUCAUUCAGGUGACCUAUUGCUAUCUGUUUAUGUCUGUUGUCAUUCAUUGUCCGUUAAUAUUUGAAUAUUUUCAGCUUCUUUAGAAAGGCUGAACCAAUUUAACCAAUUUUGGCAUAUAGCAUCUGUGGGUGAAGGGGAACAAAUUUGUGAAAUCCAUGUUCCCUGCUACCUGGGACUUGAGGCUAGAAACAUCAAAAUUAAUGCAAUCUUUAAAAUCUUCUUUGCUCCUGGACAUCAAGCAGUCAAACUGUUGGCAUGGUUAUAAUAAACAUUGAGUCCUGUACCAAAAUUGUUAAAUUCAUGGUUCCAGGGUUAGGGGUUCUUGUUUCCAUUUUACAAAAGAUCUUACAACUAAGAUUAAAAACUUAAGUUGAUAGUAAAGUUUAUGAUUCAGUUCAAAAUUACUAUCAUAAUAAAAAUGUCUUUCUAAAUUCUUUUAAAAAAGAUAAAACCAUAUUAAAAUAAUGUAAGAUAGGAAGUUAUAUUCACAAAUUUUCAUUUUGGUCUUAGUCAUAAGUUCUUUUGUAAAACGGAGCCCUGGUGAUAAAAUGGGGUUCUGUAGAUCAUAUAGUAAUUUUUGAGAAAAAAAAAUCCUCUCUUCCCCCCCCCCCCCUCCUGUAUAUUUAACAGACAAACUAAGUCAUAGUUAUAAGGAGCAAGGAUGCCUCUUUCAAAAUUGUGAAAUCUGUGGCCCUGGGUUAGGGCUUCUGGAGUUAGGGAGGAGCUCUGUUGGUCAUAUAAAAUGGUAAUGCAUUAUUUCUUUAAAAGUCUUCUUUGCUCCUUGGUAUUAAGAAUUCAAACUUUGUGCAUGGUAAUGAUAAGCAAGGGUGUUUAUUCCAAAAUUGUGAAAUUCAUAACCCCUGAGUGAGGAGUUCUGGGGUUAGGACUGGGCUUUAUUGAUCAUAUAGUAAAAAUGCAUUAAUUCUUUGAAAAUUUUCUCUGUUCCUGGGUAUUUAGCAGAAAAAUUAAGUGCAUGGAUAUAAUGAGCAAGAGUGCUUCUUUCAAAGUUUUAAAAUCAUGGUCUCUGGUUUAGUGCUUCUUGGGUUAGGUUGGGCUCUAUUCAUUAUAUGGUGAAAAUGCAUUAACUGUUUGAAAAUCUUCUCUGCUGUUGAGUAUUUAGCAGAAAAAAAAACUUAGUGCAUGGUUAUGAUAAUUAAUAAAGAAUGUUUCUUUCAGAAAUUGUGAAAAUCAUGGCCCCUGGGUGAUGGUUUCUGGAGUUAAGAUGGGGCUGUAUUAUGAUCAUGUAUGGGAUUAUUUGAUCUGCUUUCAGAAAAAUCAUUCUCUUGUUAUUCACGUAUAAUAAUUAAUCAGCGUAAAUAGAGUGUAAAUAGCUUGGCUUAUAAAGGCCAGUUUCUGAGUUGUUGCUGAUUACCUGACUAACUAUUUGUUGCUCCUAGAGCCUUUUCCUCUUGUUUUUAAGUUUAACUUUUAUUUUAUGUUAUUAUAUAAUUAUUGUUUUCCAUUCCAUGGAUCCUUUACAGGGUUGUAUUAUACUCGGGUGACCAUUAAGACCCUAGGGCUUCUUGUGUAUUUCUUUCCCUUUUUUGUAUCAUUUCCAAAUCCUAAAAAUAGCUUUGAAUUACUUAUAUGCUCACUGAAUUUAUUUCUUUUUAUGUAGAGUUGUGUAAAGUAACAUGUUUUAUGAAUUGUUGUAAAGUUUGGCAUUUUCUUCUUGUUAUCUCCUUAUGUUAGUACUUGCAUACCAGUUGAACAUAUUCCCUACAAAACUUUUUUGUAUUUAAAUGUGAUUAUUUCAUUUACCUUUUUUGUGCAUUUAAUGUUGAAUAUUCCAUCAUCAAAUUCUGUAUUCAUUUUUUGUAUAGGUGAAAGACAUAAAGCAAUAAAUAUUAAUUUAAUAUUCUAUACAUCAUUAAAAGAAAUAGUAGGGAUGCCUGCUUUUUUUUCAAUAAGAAUCAAGAGAUCAGUUUUUUUUAAUAUGAACUUGUGUUCAUAAAAUGUUUGAGCUUUUAAUGCAUUGUAAUUGUCAUAAAGAUGGCUUUAUGGAUGAUAUUUAUUUCAGUUGUCACAAUCAGAUAGAUACCAAUAUUCUGAAAAUAAAAAAAAAAUUGUAAAAAUAGA